CUCUGCUCGGGAAAAGGGCUCAGCUCUCUCACACCAAGAUGGCUUGCAACGACCUGUACCCGCCGAAAACCAGCGUCGCCGUCCCCCAGCCCAUCGCUGAGAGCUGCAACGAGCUGUGCGCGCGGCAGUGCCCCGACUCGACGGCCUUCAUCCAGCCGCCCCCCGUCGUCGUCACCUUCCCCGGCCCCAUCCUCAGCUCCUUCCCCCAGCAAGCCGUGGUGGGCUCCUCCGGGGCACCCGCCUUUGGGGGCUCCUUGGGGCUGGGGGGCCUCUACGGCGCGGGGGCCACCCAGGGCUCGGGGGGCCUCUGCACCUUUGGCAGGCCCUACGCCUCUCCCGCCUGCAGCCCCUACCUCUUGCCGCGCUACAGCAAGAAGCUGUGGGACACCUGUGGGCCCUGCUAAAGCCAGGCCCGUGCCACCUCUUCUCCUCCUCGUCCUUCCUCCUCCUCUUCACAGACAUGUGACUCCUCCAGUGCUGCCCCCCAGGGCCCUUUCUUGGCCCUGUGCCGGCCACCGCCUGGGAGAAGCCUGAAGGAAGAACGCCUCUCUGCAAGCCCCAGGCACCAGCUGUCUGCCUGGGCCUUGCUCGCGUCUCUGUGCUUGUGUCCUUUCCUGCCUUGACAAUAAAGCAAGCCUGCAUCCAA